AUGGAGGAAGAUGAGGUAGACUAUAAUGUUGAGGAUGAGAUGGAAAAUCUGUUUGCUGGACAUAGAAGGAGGAGGGAGAAACCCUUGGUUUCAUACAAUUCAAACAGAUGGGAAUCUGGGUUCAAAUUAGAUAUUCCAGAGUUCAAAGGUUGUUUACAACCUGAAGAAUUCCUAGAUUGGGUAGCUGCGGUUGAAGAAAUUUUGGAGUUUAAGGAGGUGCCGCAAGACAAAAGAGUUUCUUUGGUGGCGACCAAAUUCAGAGGACGUGCUGCUGCAUGGUGGCAACAAUUAAAGCAAAGUCGUAUUCGCCAAGGUAAAUCUAAAAUCAAUACUUGGGAAAAAAUUUUGAAACAUAUGCGUGCUGCAUUCUUACCCCAUAAUUAUAUGCGUGCAUUAUAUCAACAACUACACAAUCUUAAGCAAGGUACACAAUCUAUAGAUGAGUAUACUCGAGAGUUUUAUCAACUUGUAGCCAGAGUUGACCUUGCAGAUUCAGAAGAUCAAUUAGUUUCACGUUAUAUUGGAGGCAUGAGGCAACAAUUUCAAGAUACUUUGAAUUUAUUUGACCCAAUUUCUGUAUCUAAAGCCCAUCAGAGAGCUUUGCAUUUAGAGAAGACGAUGAAUAGGAGGACUAACAUGGUUUCAAAUAGUAGUGGCAACCGACUACCACUAGUAGCUCCUCCUUAUGGUGCAAUUACACAAUCUACACAAGGAAAAUGCCAAGUUAAUCAAGCUAAUCCACAACCCAACCGCAUUGCAGCUAGUAGUUCUGGCUCUCGAUGUUUCAAGUGUGGUGAGGCAGGGCAUAGAAUGGCUGAUUGCGAGAAGGGUGGCCGGUAUGGUAAGGGUUUAUUUAUUGAGAGUGAAGAAUGUACUGAUGAUCAUUUAAAUACCUUUGAGCAAGAAGCUGUUUAUGAUGCUGAAGAGGAAGAGGAGUAUGUGCAGGGGGAUGAUGGCCCUUUGUUAGUUACAAGAAGGGCGUGUUUCACACCUCGCAAAUCUGAAGGCGAGGAUUGGCUCCGAAGCAAUAUCUUUCAAACUACAUGUACUAUGGGGGGCAAGGUAUGUAGACUUGUUAUUGAUUCUGGAAGCUGUGAGAAUGUGGUAUCAGAAGAGGCUGUUCAAAAAUUGGGAUUAGCAACAGAGAAGCACCCUAACCCUUACAAACUAUCUUGGCUCAAAAGGGGCAAUGAGGUAACUGUAUCUAAACGUUGUUUGGUUUCUUUUUCUAUUGGGUUGAAAUAUAAGGAUAAUGCAUGGUGUGAUGUGGUAGUUAUGGAUGCAUGUCAUCUUCUCCUUGGUAGACCAUGGCAAUAUGAUAGAGAGGUUCAACAUGAUGGUAAGAAGAAUACAUACAGUUUCAUGUUUGGUAGCACAAAAAUUGUGUUGUUGCCCUGUAAGGAGAUUGAACCUAAGCCAACUUCAAGAGGGGGUAAGAAUCUCUUAGCUAAAAGGGCAUUUGCUGAAGAGAUGUUUGAUUUAGGGUUGGUGUUUGUAUUAUUGGGAAAGGAGAGCUCAAAGGGUAGUGUAGUACCAGAGGCUGUGCAAUCUUUAUUAGAUGAAUUUACAAACGUAUUUCCUAGUGAUCUACCUGAGGGGUUACCGCCACUCCGGGAUAUACAACACCAAAUUGAUCUUGUACCAGGUUCGAAUCUACCUAAUUGCCCACACUACCGUAUGAGCCCAAAAGAGCAUGAAGAACUUAGAAGACAAUUGAGUGGUGCUACAGUGUUUUCUAAGUUGGAUCUAAAAAGUGGGUACCAUCAAAUUCGAGUACGUCCUGGUGAUGAAUGGAAGACAGCAUUCAAGACACGUGAGGGGUUGUAUGAGUGGCUAGUAAUGCCAUUCGGACUCUCUAAUGCUCCUAGCACCUUCAUGCGUGUUAUGAACCAGAUUUUUCUUCCCUUCAUCGGCAAGUUUGUUGUAGUUUAUUUUGAUGAUAUCCUCAUAUAUAGUGCCAAUAUUGAUUUACAUCUCCAACAUCUUUGUGAGGUACUCAUAGUUCUAAGUAGGGAGAAAUUUUAUGCCACCAUAACCAAAUGUUCUUUUAUGACAAAUAGUGUUUUAUUUCUUGGUUAUGUGGUGUCCAAGGAUGGACUACCAGUUGAUGAAUCAAAGGUUACUGCUGUUAAACAAUGGCCAAUACCAACCACAGUCCACGAGGUCCGCAGUUUCCAUGGGUUGGUGUCAUUCUACCGGCGGUUUAUCCCUGACUUGAAGCGUGUCAAUGUGAAAGCUGAGGAUCUAAUCGCACAAAUUCAAGAAAUUCAUACGGCUACUGCUAAGCGUUUACAGGAGACUUCCGCUAAGUACAAACAAGCCGCUGACAAGAAACGUCGAGUAGUAGAAUUUGAGAUUGGUGAUUUUGUUUGGGCAAUUUUGACCAAAGAUCACUUUCCUGUGGGAAAGUACAACAAACUAGCUGCUAGAAAGAUUGGUCCUUUGGAGAUUCUUGAGAAAAUUAAUCCUAAUGCCUAUCGAUUGAAACUUCCAAGUCAUAUGCGUACAUUUGACGUCUUCAAUGUUAAGCAUCUUGUUCCAUAUCGAGGAGACAAUUCCAAUCCAAACUCCAAACUCGAGGACGAGUUUCUUCCAACCUAG